AUGGCAACGUUUCAAGCUCCACAAGCAUUGGACCUUAGUGGCAACGUAGCUGAAAAUUGGAAAAGAUUUAAGCAACGUUUUAUGCUCUACUUGGAAGCCCUGGGAUCCGACAAGAUGCCCGAGAGACGAAAAAUAGCUAUAUUGCUGACCACUAUAGGUGAUGCGGCUCUAGAAGUGUAUAAUACCUUCUCGUUUAGUGAGUCAACUCCCAAACUCGAAGAAGUUAUAGGAGAAUUUGAUAAGUACUGUCAGCCACUAAAAAACAUAAUUUUUGAACGGUUUAAGUUUCACUCAUUGGGACAGAAGGAAGGUCAGUCGGUUGAUUCUUACGUGACAGAACUGAAGAAAGCAGCAUCCAACUGUGAAUUUAAAGACGAAGAAGAUAUGAUUCGAGACAGACUGGUGCUAGGGAUUCGCGAUAAAGUGAUGCAGGAACGUCUGCUGCGAGAUACAAGCCUCACUCUCAAGAAAGCCGUUGAGUUCUGCCGAACUUGUGAAACAAGUCAAAACCAGGUUAGAGAACUUCAAAAUACAGUGGAGUCUAUCAAAGUUACAGACUGCUUGUCUCCGACGUCGGGCUGUGACGUCAGCUGUUGUCGUCAUCGGUGGUCAGUGUAG